GGAGGGAGUAGAUAACGUAGAACUUAUGUGCUUUUUAGGAAAAAAAUUACGCAUAUGAAGUACUUUUUACUUAAUCACUUCUGCUUCGUAGUUAUGCGAAAUUUAUGUCAUGUCUCCUGAAGAUGUUGCUUAUGGCUGCCCAUCAUGAUGAUCAUGAUAUGUCAAGUAAGACGAACAUGAGACCUUUUUAUGCUUGCACGCGACGUCGUCCCUGUGCACUUACAAAAAGUUGAAUGCGUCAUACAAACAAAACCGAUGUUUGGCUCGUCUUCGCGUGGGGACGUGAGUAAUCACCUUACCCUCCGCAUUUUCAGCGUUAAGGGUGCGCGGGAUUCUAGAAAAUCUAAAUCACGGCUAAACGCAGAAAUCGGCGACAACGAGCCAGACGAGCAGGAGAAGGAGUUCACACUGCAUGACGUGCGAAAUGUCGACGCCUUGUCAAGCAUCCUUGCCGACAAGUUCUCUGUCACGAGAGAUCGUUUUGCCUUUUGUAUCAAAGGCACCCUCUACGAAAACGAUGCUGACCAUACAUUUGCGACCAUUGGUGAAGAUUUGAAACGGCCUGAAGUGUUUGUUGUGGUCUUAAUCCGGUUUCGAAUAUGGAUCCAGGUUUUGGCGCAUCCGAAGACCCGUUUCCAGAUCUGGCUUCCAACAGGCGAAGAAAUUAUGCGCGAUGCUCUAUGUUCGAAGUUUUUCGGUCUGCUCCAAAGACUUUCCCGAAGCCUGUUUUGGAUAACCUCUCCUGGAGUCAUUGUCGGAUCAGCGUUUGCCGAACCAGAUAAAGAUGAAGCUGAAGAGGGUGAAGAUGAUACAGAUUGUGAUGAAUACAAGGAGGAGGAUGAGGAUGAAGAGCAAGAAGAGGAUCAGACAGAGGACGGGACGGAUCAACACCUGAAACAGCGACGCAUGAAUAUUUCCAGUGAUUAUCUUAGAGACACAAUGGUUCGUAAGCGUCGACGAAUAAAAGGGAGUCGAAGUUGUAGUCGUCAAAGUCACGAAAAGCGGAGGAAAAAUACGCUACAGACUCACCUUUCGCGCAAGAUUCCUUUGUCUGAUGCUGGUGAUGCAGCUUCGCCACCAUCAAACUCUACUGUGCGCCGAAUCGCGAUUCGCGAUUUGUACGUGCCGGUCCACAACGAUACGUUAGUCAUUGUGCCCCGCUUCCAGUGGCUUUGGCGCCUUUGUUACUGCAUCCUGCGUGUCGUAUGGCUUCUAAUGGCUUUCGUAUGUUCUACCAGACCCACGUUUCGAGCUAAUCCCACCUUAGCCCCCGAAACAGAGCAGGCUAGUGAUGGUCGCGAGCGCUUGCGAAAUCGGUACCGAUUAGACCAGGACGGCUGGAGCGCAGGAGGAAACUAUCGGCAUCACAGAUAUGCGCCUGGAGAGAACCCUCACGGAGAGGACCUCACUCUUAUCUUGCGUCAAGGUCUCUUCGGCCUUUGAGGUUGGGUUGGAACCUCUCGGCCUCCACCUGCAAAAUAUUUUAGGCAUGAACGGUGUGCAAACAUACAUGAUGAAAAUGAAAAAACGUGGUGGAGCAUUUUCGCAUUGCUUAAGCAAAAGUUCCCGCGGUGUUAGCGUGGCAGAU